AUGAUUGAUUUUGGCGGAGAUUCACGUGGAAUUUGGUGGGAUCGGUUAUUAUUAAAUCUCGAUUCUCAUUUGAAAGAAAAAUCUGAAUGUCUCAAAUAUAUCAAACUUGCAAUGAAAGAUUCGAGUAUUCUCGAAAAAGAAUUGCUUUUGAUUCAAGAUCGAGCGAUAAAAAUCGACAAAGAAAAAGAAAUUGAACUUCGAAUUAUAUUGGAUGAGCCUGUCAAAAAAUGCAUCAAAAAUCGAGUUUUGGGAAAAGAUUUGGGCGAUGGAAGAGUUAAUCGAUUUGUUAUUCGAAAUGAUGAAAAUGAUGAAGUUGAAUGUUCGGUGGAAGAAGUUGCGAGGAAAUAUUAUUUGGAAAAUGAAGGAUUUACAAAUGGUUCGUAUUUUAUUCUUCUAUAGAAUCACUUUUGAUAUAAUUUUAAUUUGUUUCAGGUGUCCAUGAUGAAGGUGCUAUUUGGCAUACAAUAUUUGGAAUUCUUUUUUAUGAUAUCAUUUUCGAUGUAGAAGAAUUUUCAGAUACUUGGAUAUCUGAAUGUCAAGAUUCUCCUAUCGAUUUACCAAAUACAUUAUACUCCAGACGAAAAACACAAUUCGAUUCUAGAUUUGAAUGGUUGAAUCAGGCGGAAGAUCAGGAAAUCGAAAAUUUGAUUCGAAAUGUUUGGAAGAAUAAUUGUCAAAUAACAAAUCGCGAGUGUAAUUGGAGUCUUUUCGAAUCACCAGAUAUUAUUAUCGAUUUUUGGAGUUGUUUGCCACGCGAUGGAAUUUAUCAGAUUUUCAAAAGACUUGCUGAAAAUUAUAGAAAUUGUCGAAGUGGAUUUCCUGAUUUGACAAUGUGGAAUAUUUCUGAAAAACGGGUGACGGUGAGUUUUUUUUUCAAAAAAAAAUGCAUUUUAUAAAUAAGUGAAUAUCAGGUGGUCGAAGUUAAAGGACCUGGCGAUAAACUAUCAACAAAGCAGCGCCUCUGGUUAGAUUGUUUCCAAAAAUUUGGAAUACGCGCUGAAGUUUGCCACGUGGCAGCUGAAAAUGAUAAACAACUUUUAUGA